GAUAUCCCAGAAGUCCGCACGCGCUGUGUUCGCUUCCCGCGUAAGGGAAAGAAAUUUGUGAAUGGAGCCGAGUUGACAUAGAAGUCCUCCUAGGAAACUCUAUUUCUAGCAUUUCCUAGACCCUUAGCCUGCUUAGAAGCACCAAGAUGAUCACAGAAAAGACUGAACCCGUGGCUCAUCCCACAAAGAAGCCAAAAUUCGAACAAAUUCGAGCCGAUCAUGAACUUUUUCUACAAGCAUUCGAAAAGCCCACACAGAUCUACCGAUUCCUAGCUACAAGGAAUGCAGUUGCGCCAAUAUUUCUACAUCGGACACUGGCCUAUAUGAAACACCUUCGAACCCCUCGCAAAAAAAACAGGAAAGACUUCAAGCUUGACAGCAUGCUGGAAAAACUGGAAAAUAAAACUGAUAGCAAACCAGACCCUAGUGAGGAGACUGAUGGUUAUCUUAAUCUAACAUUCUCAAGUUUCUUUUUCGGUUCUGGGCCAGUAAAUGGUGAUCUAUCUGGAAACAAAAAGAGAAGGAUGUUGGAACAGGACUUUGUGAAAGUGGAGGUUUCUCUUGUUAAGAUCUGCCACAAGAAACGAAAGGACAGUGAACUCCAAGUUGAUCAAGUCUCUCUUGGCGAAGGAGUGGUGCCAUUCAACCCCCGCUCUCAGCUUCUUCAACUCUCUUCAUCAAGCAGUGUGACUAUCCCUAACACCACUUUUAAGGCCAGCAAGGCAUAUUCCAAGACGUGCCUUCUGACAUUACAAGUUGCUGUACCAUACAAAACACCAAUCAAAGGAAACAAAGGGAGGCCACCCAAGAAAAAGGAUUCAGACGAAGUGACAAAAAACUUCUCAGAAACUAAUGGCACAGAGACACAAAGUCAAGAGAACAUCGAACCACCAGCCAAACGACUCUGUUAUGAUGGAAAUGAGAGUGAAGGGCAGGAACAGCAAGACUAUCAAACAGAGCACACGACUUACUUUGCUGAACUUAUCAUGUUCGACAACCAGCGGCACUGUCUACUGACAGAUGGCGAGUAUGAGCUAGUGCUUCAAGAAAAGUACAAACGACCUGGAAGAAAGAGAGGUCUCCUGUCUAAUAAGAGUUCCUGGGAAAAUGUGUUCAACGGGAAUAUGGGGCCAUUUGACAUAUUUGCGUAUGGUCCUACUCUGAAAUUCAAGCUAUCUUGGUCUGGUACUCCUGUGGUCUCUCAACGACCAACUUCUCUUCCCCUUCACUCUUCUCACAACCUGCCUAGUGGUACAGAAUCACCCCACACCCCCUCUGGAGACAGCUCACAGAAGGAAAAAACAAACAAGGCACAAGUCCUUUAUUACCAGUUUAUAUAUAACAGCCACACCCGGCAGCAGACAGAGGCCCGACACGACUUUUGCUGCCCCUGGUGCCAUGUGAACUGCAGCAAGCUUUACAACUUGUUGAAACACCUCAAGUUGUGUCAUAGCAGGUUCACAUUCACUUACGCUCCUCACAGCAAAGGGGCCCGUAUUGAUGUGUGUGUUAACGAACACUAUGAUGGAAAGAUGGAGGGUGUGAACGAUGCCCUUGGCUACGCCUUCAGCCGGGAGGGACCAUGUAGACGGGUGCCAUUCAAUCAUGUCCUUGCAUGGAGGCCGCAGAGAAGGAAAGAAAGCCUGUCAGAAUUCCUUGAGCCUGAUGAUGCCGAUGAAAACAGGCCCUAUCAUUCGGGAUACACAAGGACGUAUUUCCACUCAUCUACAUGCGUACCGAUCAGCCAAUCAGAGUUAGGCUCGUUGUCAGACAGCGAGGGGGAGGAGAAUCCAUUGUGGAUGCGCAUGCGCACUAUCCAAAUGAUUGACGACUUCACUGACGUCAAUGACGGCGAGAAGGAACUCAUGAAGCUUUGGAACCUGCAUCUAAUGGAGAAAGGGUACGUCGCGGACGCUCAAGUGUACAGCGCCUGCCUCACCUUCAUCGAUGUGAACGCCAAGAAAAUCAUGAGCCAGAACCUCAAGCGCAACUUCCUUAUUCACCUUGUCAGCCUUCACGACUUCAACCUGCUGAACGGAGGCCAGAUAUUCCAGCUCAUGCAGAAGCUAAAAGACGUCGCGAACGAGACGAAACAAGAGCGAAACGCCGAAGUAGAUGUUAGCGAGAAUGCUGGCCAGAAAGGUGCGUGCGAAACGAAGGAAUAAGAUGGUAUAGGAGAAAAUGCCACCAUGGUAGAGGAAAGCGUGGAUCGGAAAGCUGGUCAGAAUGUUGCGCUAGUUACGAAGGUGUAUGAUAUGAUAAAAGACCUCGAGAAAGGACCGUGUAUCGAGCACUUACAGCCCGAAAAAAAACCGCGCCCGAACUUCUCAAGAACGUUAACUAGAAUUUGAGAACUGGAAAGAGUUUGCGCAGUGAAGGAAACGUAUACGUGGGUGCUGAUCAGAAAGUUCAAUGUACCUUAACCAAGUUUUAUCACGACUUGUCUCUUGGAAUAGACGUUUAAGAACCCUUGUCAGCCAUACCUUCGUUAUUGUUUUCAAAAUUGGAAGACAAAUUAUCUGAAGAAAUAUCGAAAUAACCACCAAAAAGUAACGUCUAUGCCAUACUUACUGAUGGAAAUGGACGCUUUCCUGCACUUGGUAUUUGCUGGGAUGAUAAAAUGGCGGCUGACAGGGUUUUGACCGUAGAAUGAU